CCCAUCUAAAUCUACGUCACAUGAAACAAGGAAAGCCAUGUUGGAUGAGAAGGAAGAGGCCGUGGCCGUCUAAAAUCAAUUUAUUGCAUUGGAAACAAUAACAAACACCUGAUGUAACAUAGUAAGGGUAGGGGACUAACGCUGUCAACAUGUCAAAAGAAGAUUUUCAAACCCAGUUUGCCACAGUAAUGGACACCGCCCUGAGGACGGCGGUAUCGGAAACAACGAAACUUUUUGAAACUAUGGUCGAUGAACUGAAAGCAGAAAUAUCCAGGAUAAAAUCGGAAAAUGAAGACCUUAAAGCGAAGUUCAGAUGUACUCAGAAUGGAGAUAAUUCCAUACAUUCCAGAUUAAAUAACAGCGAAACAGUGGAUUCCGGUCAGAAUCUUGAGAGACCACCUAUAAAUAAACGCGACGUCGGGAUUCAAUGUGCCCUUCCUUCAUUGAGAGGUGUUGCUGAACAAUGUGGGGUCGGAAACGGUCAAUGGGACGAGGAGGGCCAAGAGGCGGGUGCGCAUGGCGACAGCAACCGUCAGAUGGCCUUCAUACUCAUCAAACAAGAGGAAACGGAAUACGAUGAUGAUUACGCUCCGGGGUACAUCCUGUUGAAACAGGAAGACGGGCCGCCGACUCUCAUCCGCAGACCGGACCUCCGGGAGAUCCCAGCUCUGCUCCCGAGCACACUAAGGGCCCUGGUUGGCCGCAACAUCCCAGAAUGGCCCCCCACCGCCCAGUCAUCCGAAGUGGCACCGCCCUCCGAGAGAGCUCCAGAACCCCAGGAGGCCCCGCAAACUACCAGCCAGACCGCGAGCCCAAUUACCAGCCCGUGCAGAGAGGACAAGGACCUGGACCAAGCCCCUAGAGCCGAGCAACAACCAGGGGGUGGAGAGCCUGAAAGUGUGGAGCCGUUGCUGGUUCAACAGCAACCACAACCGUCUGUGGUCGCAAAGCAGCAGCAACUGACAGAGGCAACGGGAAAUCAGUCUGUGGUUGCCCAGCAGCCACCAGUAGUGGCAUCUCCAGGAAAAACACAACCACAGGUAGUUGCUGAGGAACUGCAGGAAGUGAUACCAUCUGGAAUAGAGCAGCUGUUAGCAUUUGCUGAGCAGCAGCAAGAGCAGCAACAAGAACUGCUUAAACAAAAACAACAAACGUCAACUGUCGCACACCCAUGUGCUGCAAAACCGUCUAUGGUCCCUCCCCCAACCUCAGCAGAACCAGUGCAUUUUGGAAUAGUCGAACUGUUAAAAAUUGCUGAACAACACAAACAGUCAAUUGUCACACCCUCAGUACAGGAGACGGUUGAUACCUCUGGCCAGCAAACAGCUGACAUCACCACACAGCAACCACUGGCCGUCCAGCCAGCGCUGACUAGCGAUACGUCAACCUCUGUUUUCGAUGUGCCAUACACCGCGACCUGUGUUGACAACACGUCAUCGCUAGCACCCCCAACGCGGCGGAGCCCCAGACCGCUUCGGUCUCAGGCUGCCCCCACGGCCCCCACAUCCCCACGGCCUUCUGAAGCCCUCCAGCAGCCUGCCACAUCUCCUCCACGGCAGGUCUUGGUCACUAGGCAAACAAGAGCCAGGCCACACGGGCAACAGCCUUCUGCUGUGGUCCAAACAACAGUUGAAUCACCAAGGCAACCGGCCGGUGCUGUAGGUCAAACAACAGUCAGAACACUUGGGCGACAGGCCAAGACUGUAGGCCAAACAGUCAGCUCACCUGGGCAACUGGCGAUGGCUGUGAGCCAAACAACAGUUGGAUCACCAAUGCCACAGGCCUGUGUUGUUGGUAAAACAAUUUGCCCGCCUAGAAAACCGGCCAUGUCUAAAACCCAAACAAGAGUCAGAUCAUCUAGACAACCAGUCGUCACUAUACCCCAAACAAGGACCAGAUCACCUAGACAACCAGUCAUGACUAUACCCCAAACAAGAGUCGUAUCGCCUAGACAACUGGCUGUAACUACAGCCCAAACAACAGUCGGCUUACCUGGGCAACUGGCGAUUGCUAUAGCCCAAACAGUCAUAUCACCAAUGCAACAGGCCUGUACUGUUGGGCAGACAGCAGUGGGAUCACCUACGCAACAGAACACUGCAAUGGGCCAAACCACAGUGGGAUCACCGAAACAACAGCCCACAGGCACAGGCGAAACAGCAGUUGUAUUACCUAAGCAACAGCCAUUACCCGCUCGUAUAAUAGUUGUCUCGCCAAAAUACCGGUCCAUGGUUACGGCUCAAAUAACAACUGCGUCGUCUAUGCAGACUUCUACGGUUGUCCCUCAGUUAGCUGCUGGAUCGUCAAGGCAACAGCUAGGUGUUCCCCAACGCAUAGUAGUUCUAUCACCAAGACAUCAGUCUCUAGUAACCGGUCAAGUGAAUGAACACGCCCAACCGGUGGCCGCUGUAGCAUCCGGACAGCCGCCCGUCACGUCCAGGGCGGUUACCGUGGUAACGCCUUCGCCGAUUGACGUUGCAGUGUCGGCUACGUUGACGGCCCAACCCUCGGCAGCUGUCCCCGUUUCUGCCCUUAUGUUGCCGCAUUUGUCUACCGAGCAUGUGCAGACUACCCCGGCCCCCUCGACAACGCCCUCGGCAACGUCAGAGAAGAUACCCGUGGCUCUGCUGAGGCUGACCAACCUUGUUUCCAAGGAGACGACCCCCGACCCUCUCGGCCAUCUGUCGAAAAAUCAAUUCCUGGCCCAGCUGGCGGUCUUACCUAUACAAGUGCAGGCUGAACCAGAACCGGAACCAGCCCCAGUUCCAGGCUCAGCCCCAGCAGUCUCAGCCCCUGCCCAAGCCCUGGUCCCAGCAUCAGCCCCCGUCCCAGCCCCAGGCCCCGGCCCAGCAUCAGAUCCGGUCCCAGCAUCAGCCCCCGUCCCAGCCCCAGCCCAGGCAUCAGAUCCAGCCUCAGCCCCUGUCCCAGCCUCAGCCCCUGUCCCAGCCUCAGCCCCUGUCCCAGCCUCGGCCCCUGUCCCAGCCUCGGCCCCUGUCCCAGCCUCGGCCCCUGUCCUAGCCUCAGCCCCUGUCCCAGCCUCGGCCCCUGUCCCAGGCCCAGCUCCAGGCCCGGCAUCAGAUCCAGCCCCUGUCCCAGCACCUGGCCCAGCCUCAGCCCCAGCAGAUCCAGUCCCAGAUCCACUACAGAUGGAGUCUGAGGAUGUAGGCGAGGCCUCGCCCCUUCCCGUUGUUUCUACGGAAACCACAGAGACCAGAACGGUCGCCACGGAGACGAGUCCCGUCGACACCAAGGAAGGAGCUCGCAGACCUAGCGCCAGCGCUAAAGAGUCGCUGUUCGCCCGACUCAAAGCCCGCCUCAGGCCCCGCCCACAUCCCAGCGGCACGGAAACUGACUCCUCCCCCGUCGCUCCUAAGAAACCCAGAAUGUCUAAAGCCGCUAACCAGCCCAAGGCUACAAAUAACGCAGCCGGCAAGUCCGGCCAAUCAGGAAGAGCCGACACGGCUGUGACUCCACCCAGACAGGUUGAGUCUCUCAAGUCGUCGACUCCCAUGACGACCAGGGGACGUAGCACAGCCCAGUUAGAGAAGGCCCCAGAAUCAACCUCCAAGACCCCUACGGCCCCCCAGCGCAGCCCCCUCAACGGAAGCCCCUGUUCAAGCACGCCUCAGCACCGCUCCCCCUCCACCCCGCCACCCACCUCCUCUCGCUCCAGUCACAAACGCUCCCCUCCCUCCCCACGCAGCCCAACCGCCAGAUCCGCCACCCUCCGCCACACCACCGCCGCCAAAACACCCCCGCAGCCACACACCCCCGACAAAGAGCCGCCGCUGGACGAUUCCAAUUCGCCGAGCCAACCGCUGCAGCGCAUCGGCAACCGCCUGUUGAAGAACCAGUGCGGCGCAUGCGGGCGCGUUCUCAGCAGCACAGCGGCACUGGAGAGCCACGUGAGCCAGCACACCGGGGACCGGCCGUUCUUCUGCACGCUCUGCGGUAAGGGCUUCCCGGACGCCAAGGGCCUGAACCGGCACGGCCGGGUACACAGCGGUGAGAGCCACGAGUGUCCGCAAUGCAGCAAGACGUUCACGUACCGCUUCGGCCUGACCAAGCACCUCCAGAUGGUCCACGGGCACCUGAGGCCUUUCACCUGCCAGGUGUGCAGCAAGGGAUUCUUCACCCAGAGGGACGUAGAGGCCCACUUGAGGGUCCACACGGGGGAGAAACCCUUCCACUGCUCUCUGUGCGAGAAGAAGUUCAAGAGGAAAGUGGAGCUGAACGUCCACCUGCGCUGGCACAACGGGGAGAAGAGGCACUGGUGCCCAUUCUGUGGGAAGGGCUUCCUGGAUUAUAAUAACCUGAAGAGGCACAAACUGAUCCACACAGGGGAGAAACCACAUCGCUGCCCUCAGUGCGGGAAGACGUUCACCCAGUCUGGGCACCUGAAGAAACACCUGAAGAACGUGCACAGGUUGGGGGAGGGGCACCAGGGCUAGUUGCGGGAUGAACACACACACACACACACACACACACACUUGUCUCAUCAGGCCAGUUCACACACACCAACAAUGUCUAACAAACACCAAACAUUCUACUGUUAGCUGUUGGGCUUAGAAUGUUUGGAAAUAUAACUGUCAUUUUCACACUGCUCCAACAAACACCAGCAGGCAUCAACAAAUGCCAACAUUUGUUAGGCUGUGUUGGUUUGGUGUGAAAUAACUGUUGGCGUUUGUUGAGGCGGUGUUACAAUGACAGUUAUUUUAUUUCAAACCCAACUGACAACAGUAGAAUGCUUGGUGUUUGUUGGGGAAGGGUGAACUAGUUUUAAUGGGCCACAUUCACUGCACUUGUGCUAAGUAACGAAAAUAAAUCCCCAUUUUAAGUGAACAUAUUUCACUUGUAUUUACAGAACAAGGUAAAUGGGGCGACCACAGCUGUGGUUGUCUCAUGUGCAGGAAGCAGAUGCACACAUCUGUGGUUUUACCCGAAGACCUUAGAGUUAUUUUUUUAAAGUACCGUAAUUGCUUUUUUGCAAACAUUUGAUAGAAGUUCGAAGGCAGGUGUGGUUUGAAAAAGCGCUUUGUGUGACCGCAGCCAAACUUGAUGAGGAAGUCGUUUUAUAGUUCAUUUGAAUACAAUGAAUUCAUGAAUGACACAGAAUACUGAGGAAUGCGUUGAGAAAGCCUAUUUUUUCAUUUUUCGUUUAUAAAAACACACGUAUGUCACAUGUAUGUGCUGUCCCAUAACAGCACAUACAUGUGAGCUAGUUACAGUGAGGACUGGGAUUCUGCUUCAUCCAUUUAUUCUGUCAUAUUGUUUUCUAUUUAUUUUUAAUUCUGUAACAUCUUUCUUGAUGUAAGAUUUAAAAACUCCCUAGAAAUGAUAAAUUAUAUCAUUCGUAAAAAAGAAAGAUUUGUUCAGUAACAUGCCCAUUGCUGUGGACAAGGAUUUAGGAAUGAGUCCUCCUCUAGGUUUUUGUACAGAAUGUUCCACAAUUAUUAUUAAAAAAAAUGUUCCUAUGUAAUUGUCUGAAUCAUGAUUCAGAGAGUUUGACUGAUAUAGUAAAAUUCUGGAUGUGGUUGGUAAAACCUGACCCUUGGCACUUAAUUAGAAAAUGCAUCGCAGCUAUUCUUGGAUCAUCACAACUCCUGCUCGUACCAAUUAAUUUUUAACAUUAAUUUGUUUAUCCAAGUCUGCGAUGCAUUGUAUUGCAACGCAAGGAGCCUCAAGACAUGUUUAAACACAUUUUAACUUUGUAAAUGUGUACAUUUGGUCAUAUUGUUUUGUAAACUACACUUAAAUGUGUAAAAAAAUGAAUUUUGCAUUUAUUUUUUGGAAAAUGUUUUCAGAAAACUGUGAAUUAAAAUGGAUUUUUUUUU